CCAGCCUCUCGCCUGCGGCCCCACUCCCCGUGUCCCGCGUCCUAGCCGACAAUGGCAGGUACUCUGCGCGCCCCGCUGCUCCUGCUGGCCAUCCUGGCGGUGGCUCUGGCAGUGAACCCCGCGGCCGGAGCGAGUCCCGGGAAGCCGCCGCGCCUCGUGGGAGGCCCCAUGGACGUCAGCGUGGAGGAGGAGGGUGUGCGGCGUGCCCUGGACUUUGCUGUCAGCGAGUACAACAAAGCCAGCAACGACAUGUACCACAGCCGCGCGCUGCAGGUGGUGCGCGCCCGCAAGCAGAUCGUAGCUGGGGUGAACUACUUCUUGGACGUGGAGUUGGGCCGAACCACGUGUACCAAGACCCAGCCCAACUUGGACAACUGCCCCUUCCAUGACCAGCCACAUCUGAAGAGGCCAUGGACUCCUGGAGAGACGCCUUGGAGGGAACCUGCAAAGAAAUACCAGCAAGAAACAACUCGGAGCUAGGUUUCAACACCAAGGAUGACCCUGGAAGGUCACUUGUUGAAACUGGCAGAGCCAUCAGGAGCCUGGGUUCUUGAAUGAACCAGUGGAGCAGAGCCCUCCUUCCCUCCCCCAUCCUCUGCUGCCCUGAACCUGCAUUUCAUCAUCAG